UCAGAUAAUACUCCCCUGCCGCAGACACUGACACGCACAUUCCCCAUGGCGGCAGCCACGGCCUCGCGCCCCCUCACGCCCCUCCUCCACCGGCACCACCCUCGUAGCUGGCGGCGCGCGAGCGCCGUCGUCGUUGCCGCCGCGAGCACGCCGGAGGCCGAGCCGACGGCGGCCGGGUCGGGGCAGGAGAAGAAGAAGACGGUGGACACGAGGAUACACUGGUCGGACCCGGACGAAGGGUGGAUCGGUGGCAAGGCUAAGAAGGACGGCGCUGGCGGCGUUGGCGGCCGCAGCAAGAACGAGCCGCUGGGAGGGAGGUUUGCCGACCUCAUCAACGCCGCGUCCGAGUCUCACUACCAGUUCCUGGGGAUAGCGCCGGAGGCGGACAUCGAGGAGAUCAAGGCGGCGUACCGGCGGCUGUCCAAGGAGUACCACCCAGACACGACGACGCUGCCGCUCAAGGUGGCAUCGGAGAAGUUCAUCCGCCUCCGGGAGGUGUACAACGUGCUGAGCAAGGAGGAGUCCCGGCGGUUCUACGACUGGACGCUGGCGCAGGAGGCCGAGAGCCGGCGGCUGCAGCAGCUCAGGUCCAGGCUCGAGGACCCCUACGAGCAGGACAUCCAGAACUACGAGUCCGUGCCGGACAUGGUAGACCGCCUCGGCGGCAGGAACAUGAAGCUCAGCGACCAGGCCAUGACCGCGCUCACCAUCGAUUUUGUCAUCAUCAUCAUCUCCGUAAUCUGCAUCAUCUACGCUCUGUUCUUCAAGGAGCAGUACUGAUGGCAGCGUAUCAACAGCAGCAAGGUUGAAGGAGUGUACCAUAUACAGAACAGUAUUCCUAGGUAAAUUAACUGAUAAUACCUCAAGCCUGUCUUUAUAGAUGUUAUAUACAGUGUUAUGAUGUAAUGUCAAAUAGAACAAGAUAGCAACAAAUAAUUCAUGGUAUUUUGUCAACAA